AUAUGUUAACAAAUAUAAUUGGGCAACACUGUCAGAAAUUUUUCUUUCAAAACAAAACUUUAAAAUUAAUCGAAGAUGUGGUUUGAGGUCAUCCCAUCUUUUGCCAUUAUUACAGUGGCUCUAGCAAUUCCUUCAUAUGCAACAUACCAUAUACACAAGCUGUGGAUUGGCAACGCUUAUCGUAGAAACACAGAUCAACCAUGGGAACGUUUUGCGUACAGACGUGACAUGAGAAUCAAUGGGAAUGUUUACAAGGGCCAGGGUCUUGAAUCAAUUCCUGACGAAUAAGCUAGAUGAGAAAUAAAAUUUAAAGCUGCAGAAUUAUUUAUCAAUUUGUUCAUGAUGAAUAAACAGUGAAAUUAAUUAUUACUGAAA